ACAAUCCGAAAACCGACCAGAUCGCCCACUAUUUCUCCCCUCCAAUGCCGAAACCGUCUCCCCCUCCCGCCCCCGCUCCCGCUUCGCGCCAAUUCCAGCCGCCAACCCACCGCCGGCGGCCGCGGCCAUGGACAUGUCGGCGAUCGCCGCCCGCCUCGGCCUCUCCGGGUCCCGCCCCGUCGUGCGCAAGGCCGCCGAGCUCCGCCGCCUCUGCGACAUCAACUUCGACUCCUCCGUCCUCGGCAUCGGGGAGGUGUGCAAGGCCAUCAUCUGCCUCGAGAUCGCCGCGACCAAGUUUCAGGUGAUAUUUGAUCGGUCAGAGGCGGUGCGGAUGAGUGGGAUGUCGGAGAAGGCAUACAUCAGAUCAUUCAACGCGCUGCAGAAUGGGCUUGGCGUCAAGACGACAUUGGAUGUGCGUGAAUUGGGCAUCCAGUUCGGCUGUGUCAGGUUGAUACCUUUUGUGCAGAAGGGAUUGGCGCUGUACAAAGAACGUUUCCUGGCUGCAUUGCCUCCUUCUCGCCGCUCAAGCACGGACUUUGGUCGGCCAGUGUUUACUGCAGCAGCAUUCUAUUUAUGUGCAAAGAGGCAUAAGCUCAAAGUUGACAAACUGAAGCUAAUUGACCUGUGUGGUACAUCUAGCUCCGAAUUUACAACGGUUUCGACAUCUAUGGGAGACCUUUGUUUUGAUGUUUUUGGGAUAGCCAAGGAGAAGAAGGAUCCAACCUCUAUCAAAGGGAAUAGAGAGCUGCUGGAUGUUUUGCCUAGCAAAAGGAAACACGAGGAUGACAGCGAUCAUUCUGAUGAAUCAUCUGGGGAUGACAAUGAUGACGAGCUAGAUCUACCAACCCACAAAAGGCACAAGAAGAUGGAGAAACAAGCGUACAAUCAGUGGAAGUCCUCAGUUAUCUCCACCAACAAGCAAACCAAACCAGAUCCUACGAAGCCCAGGAAGCAAGCUCAGCUGAACUUCAAGAAGAAACUGCCCUUGGAAGUGCCCCCACCGGCUAACUAACUUAACCUGAGACCUCUACUUUCAGGAAUGGAAUAGCUGAAAGCCCGAGACUCGUCGGAAGUGUUGUGUGCAAUCAUACUAGUAGAACCUACUUGAUGCAAAAAGGGCACUUCUGGCUCCGUCCCUCGUCUUUUUUGAUAUGUUUUGUAAGGCGCUGCUGACAUGGUACAAAGUGUUAUACAAUCAGGGGAUACUCUUCUGUAAA